AUGGGAGCAGAGGAUUUCAGCUUCUACCCAAAGGAGUCUGCUGCAACAAUUUUUGUGCUUGGAAUAAAUAAUGAGAGUCUCAAAUCAGAUCAGCCAUUGCACACAUCUCACUUUGUCAUUGAUGAAGAGGCUCUUUCUGUAGGAGCAGCUCUCAAUGCUGCUUUGGCAAUCUCUUACUCGGGUACACAUGUUGAGACUCAUUAA